CCCUGUCUCAAAAAGCAAAAAAAAACAUGAGGAUAGAGCUCAGUACAGGCCCUGGUUUCAAGCCUCAGUAGUCCCCCAGAAAGUGAAUGCAUUUUGUGUGUUCAGACUUGUGUACCAUCUCUAUCACACCUCAUCAUAUAUGUAUACAUUCCAAAGCGGAAGCCACUUGUGACCCCACACAUUUUAGAAACACACUCAAAAACUGUUUUGUGCAAGGGCCAGCCUUGCUGUGGAGAGAGGGGCUGCUUCCUGUCCUGGGAGGACUAUGAGCCACCACCCUACAGAUGGCCAUCAGCACCUCUAUAGGUGUGGGAACUGGUUUGGGGAGGUCUAAGGAUGGGCUGCUUGUCUGGGAAGGGGUGUGCUGGGGUCCUCAGUCUGCAGGGCCUGCUCUGAAGGACCUUUAUGGAUCCUGAGUUUAGGCUUUUCUGGUGUGGGACACUGGGGCACCCAGGUGGCCCUAAGGGUGAGGAGUCAGCAGCAGCAGGUCAGCUUCUGUAGACCCUAAGGCACCCUGGCUUCCUGAAGACCCAGGUAGGCUGGGGUGGGUUGCUUUUCAUGGGGUUCCCGGCAUUUGAGAACGACCAGCCCCCACCUCUCUCCCAAGACGAGGCUGUGACCCAUGGGACACACGUUGUCACACUGCCCACUUCCCAAAAAGGCCCAGAAAGCUAAACUAGGCCAGGUUGAGGGUGGCGACAAAGCUGGGUCCUAUAAGGUUAUGCAAACCAUCCAUGAAGCAGUGUGAGCCUCUGUGACCCAUACAGUACAAGUGGAGGCCUGGGACAGCUUAGAUGAGGAAUACACUGGAGAAGAAUCCAGACACUCUGAACAUGCGGAAUGGAAUAACUAGAAGAAAGGACCUGGUUCUUUCCCAAGAUUCCCAGAGGGCUUAAGGUCGUUUCAAAGAAUUGCAUUUUGGCCCUGAAUAAACAUGGCCAGAAUGGUGCCUAAGACAAGAUACUACUUCCGCCGCAAAAAUGAGCCAGCCAACCAGAGAGAAAUGAACACGCCCGCCCAGAGGGUACCCAGAUGAAGCCACUUCCGCCCCUUCCCAAAAUGGCGCCAGCGGAAGGAGCAGGCUAUCAGUCGCUGACGAUGGCUGCGUCCAGGCUGGAGCUAAAUCUGGUAAGGCUGCUGUGCCGCUGCGAAGCAAUGGCUGCGGAGAAGCGGGACCCAGAAGAGUGGCGGCUGGAGAAGUAUGUGGGAGCUCUGGAAGACAUGCUGCAGGCGCUGAGGGUACAGGCCAGCCGGCCAGCUGCCGAGGUGCUGCACGAGUACGCGCGCAAGGUGGACUUCUUGCGGGGCCUGCUGCAGGCUGAGAAGUUGGCCUCCUCUUCUGAGAAGGCGCUGGCCAACCAGUUCCUAGCACCUGGCCGUGUGCCCACCACAGCCCGCGAGCGUGUGCCCACCACCAGGACUGUACACCUACAGACGCGCGCACGCUAUGCUGGCGAGAUGCGACAGGAGCUACUGGGCACGGACUCUGCCAGAGAGCAGGAGCCUGAGGUGAGGAAGCGAAGACCCAGGCCCACAGAUGAGAAGCAGUCAGCGGCCGAGCUGGACCUCGUCCUACAGCGACAGCAGGACCUGCAGGAGAAGCUGGCUGAGGAGAUGCUGAGCUUGGCUCGGAGCCUCAAGACCAACACACUGGCUGCCCAGAGUGUUAUCAAGAAGGACAACCAGACCCUGUCGCACUCACUCAAGAUGGCUGACCAGAACCUGGAGAAACUGAAGACAGAGUCAGAGCGGCUAGAGCAGCACGCGCAGAAGUCAGUCAAUUGGCUGCUGUGGGCAAUGCUCAUCGUGGUCUGUUUCAUCUUCAUCAGUAUGAUCCUCUUCAUUCGCAUCGUGCCCAAGCUCAAGUAGUGGGCGCUCCAGAGCCUGGGCACCAGGCUGCACACAGGGCUGCCCGCAGCGGGCACCAGGGGGAGCCAGACAUGCAGAGGGCUCCAGGGGGAGCGGACCCAGAGGGAGGCUGAGUCAGGAGGAUCCCUGGAGACCAGGAGUUCAAGGCCACCCUGGGCAGCACAAUAAGACUCCAACUCAAAAGCAUAAAAUCAGAAAGCAAAAUAAAAAAACGUCCUCGGGCUGUGAAAUCUAUUGGAGGAUUCCAGGUGUCAUGGUAACCGAAAGACUCAUUUCAUGGAGACCUGCAGAGCCCCCAAAGCACAAGAGAGAAAACAAAGGCCUGCGGGGUACACACAGGAAAAUAGCAAAAAUGGUUUCAAUCGUCACUCACGGGCUGAGGCAAAAUUUUAAACUGAAAACAACCUCUGUUGUCCCAGCACCUAGGGAAGCCCAGGCAGAAGGAUCGUAAGUGCCAGCCCAGGCUAGACGACUCAGUGAGAUCCCAUCCCAAAAUACAAAGGCCUGGGGGUCCAUCCCAGAACUAGAGGGGGAAAAAAAAACAUUGUUUCUUUUAUUUUGAUACCGAAAAUCGAUCUCAUCUUUGCUGGCAGGCUCCGUGCCACUGAGCUACAUCCCCAGUCUGAGGUGCACUUGGGGGACGACUCGGAGACGCGCCUGGGCCUGGCGUCCUGCAGGGUGUGCCAGGUGGCCUGGAGCUGUCACUGCCAGGGCCUCUGCUCGGCAGGUGGCGAUAGCGACCUUUGCUGUGUCCUGUGCAGUUCCUCUAUUGUUUGUGUGCGUCACUGGGGCUUGAACCCAAGAUCUGUGUACCGAACUGCAUUAUCGGCCCUUUUCAUUGUGUGAGAGGGUCUCACAAGGUUCCCCAGGCUGGGCUCGAACUUUUGAUCCUGCUUCAGCCUCCCAGAGUGCUGGGAUUUAUGGCUGUGCGCUACCAAUCCGAGCUUUAAGGAAAUAUUUUUAAAAUAUAAUUACUGAACAACUAAA